AUGGCCGCCGCCCUCCCCGAACCCCGUGGAUUGGACUCAAAACCACGCGGGGGUGGGCGUAGCGUAACCGAACGAGGCCGAAGGGAGCAGGCAAGCCUCGCCCCCCUGCAACCCCGCAAAAGAAAAUCUCCAGCCAUGGCCGCCUUCCUCCCCGACUGGAUGAUGCUCGAGCGCUUCGUGUUCUGCAGGGAGUCCUUCCCGGACAGCGAGGGCGCGCCCUUCAUCAAGGCCGACGGCACCAGCUCGCACGGCGGCAGCUUCUCCGUCGCCUUCCUCGUUCUCCAGCCCCCGGGCAUCUCCCGCCUCUACCUGCAGUGGCCGGGCGGCCCAAAGGAAGGCUCUCAGUGCGUUCUCGUAGCGGCACACCGCAAUCUCGUCCUGUUCAGGCUUACCCCAGAACCUCUAAUCAUCCGCGAGGCCCCCUUCGUGGAUUUCCGACAGGACCACUUCAUCUGCGGAGCUCAAUCCUCGCCGUCCCAGCGGUCGCUGCUGCUCCAAAAGAUCCCCAAGUGUGACAUACCUGGGCUCUUGGAUUGGAGGGAUGGGAAGAAGGUGACCACGACGCGCUCGUUUGAUCUUAACCCCGUUAGCAUCUUGUGCCGCGGAGAAGAAGAAUUCGCCUUGGCGCAGUUGAACUUCCGUAGAUCCAACGACGAGUGGGGCAAGAUUGAGGCUGAGCUGUGUGUCCUCCGCUCCAAAGUAAGCAAUCGUCGUCACGAAUGGAAGAGUGAGAAGUGGCUGCCGAUCCAGUGCGAAGGGCAUGAAAGAUCUGAUUUGGAAAAUUGGAGAACCGAUAGAGUGGUUCCGUUCAACAAGUAUUUGUGUUGGGUUAAUUACGGUGGGGGAGGUAUCAUAUUCUGUGAGGUGUUCAAACAAAAGCCUGACAUUUUUUAUCUCCGGCUACCUAUACUCGAGCCCUUCUUACAUCAACCUCCAUUGAGAUUUCAGGAGGCCAGCCGCGUUGUGGGUGUAACCAAAGGCAGCAUGGGUUGUGAUGAGCUGAGGUUUGUUGAUGUAGUCUGUGAGGAUAGUAACAUUAUUGAUCCACUAGGCUCUGGUGACAAGGAGGGUUUCACUAUCGCCUACUACGCUUUGAGGAUAACACAGAGUGGUGGCAUGGAGUGGGAUAUGCUUUUCUUCAUCACAUGCUAUGAAUUGUGGAGUAUCAACCCUGAACUCCCGCAUGAACUUCUGAAGCAUCCUGUUGUAAGUAUGGAGGACCCAAAUGUGGUAUAUUUUCUGAUGUCAGAGCGUCUGGAACAUGUUAACAAGGUUUCCGUAGUUACUCUUGAUAUGAGUACCAAAAGGCUGCUUCCAAUUCAUCCAUAUAUUAAUGGAAAGGAAGACCUCUUGGGCAAAGACGCUGACAUGGUUCGGCGAAACGCCACUUUUCUCCAAACCUUUCUUCCCUCAGAACUUCCUAAGUUCUUAAAAUCCCAUCAGAUUUCAUAG